GAUGCUGGAAUGUCCUCUUUCACAAAGCCCUUGGAGACAUUCUCCUUUGCAGCUGGCUCCACUAUUUGCAGCUUCAGAAUGGAGCCUGUCUCAGGGAUGAGAGACAGCAUUCAAAAUGCCUCUUGUGAACGGUCCCCCAGCCUUGGUCACCUCCCCAGCCCCACCAGCAUCUUCUAGUUUUUCGAGUGUUGUGGUUGAAUGGAAACAUCUGCUGUUUCAUUAUGGGUGCGAAUUUCCUGGUGGAAGAAGCAGAAGUGUGCAGCUAGAUCUUGACAUAAGUGACGUCUUUUUCUGCAGCGGAAAGCUGGUCACCCGAAAGGAAAGACGACCCAGAAAAAGAAGAAGAUGCUUGCAUUUCUGCGAUGGUGAAGACACCAACCGCUUGGAGACCCAGGUGGAUCAUUUGGAAAGAGAACCUGCACAUCUCUAAUUCUGGCAAUGUUUUCUAUCUGUGAUUGCGGUGGAGAAGGAAACCAAUGACAACAAUUCAGCUGCUCUCUAUGGAAGUGAAAACUGCUACUGCAGUUUACCAGAAUGACUGGACAGACAGGAAGUUAAAUUACUGUACUUCACUGUAUGGACUUAUUGGUGCAGCGGCUGUCAUUUUCAUAAUGCUGUUGACAAUUCUUAUCCUCUCCAUAUGCCUUUGCCGGACCUGUAAAAGAACAAAGAAGCAAAAACUGACAGAGGGUAUGGUUGCUGGUAGUCCUGAAGAAGCUGACUUGCAUUAUGCUGAAUUGCAGAACCUUCCAACUUCUAACAGGGGGCAGUGCGAUGGGGAGACUUGCAAAGCCCCUGUGGCCACUCAGAACAGUGAUUAUGCUACUGUGGCAGAAUUAAAAGGCCCUGAAGAUGGCUGUUGCAACCCUGAAGAAAAAGAAGAUGAUGGGAUGAGGGAGAACGAGUCUUUGGUGGAAGCGGAGUGAGACUUAGUUGGACUGGAAUGAAGGAAGCUUUGGAAGGACAGAAGCUGUGUUUGACAUAGACAGUGUCUAUGUUGUGUUCAAAUUCUGUCACCAGAGAAGCAAAAUUCUGCAACUGGACUGCUGUAGUGUAUUCAGGCUGAAACAUAUUUGCAUACCUCCAUUUCCCACAAGUCUACACCCACCAAGUGAGUUGGACUCCAGCUCCCAUCAUGCCCGCCCUUUGACCACGCUGACUAAGAAUGAUAGGGAUUGUAGUCUGGCACAGCUGGAGGACAGCACAUUGGAGAAAAUGAACAUACAAUAUCUCCUACUGCUUCCAUAGUUCACGUGCUCAAACAAUUUGAAUUUAUUUUCCUUAAGGAAAGGGAAGGGAGUGAGAGAAUGGUGCAGUUAGUGAUGUGUUGUCAUUAACUUGGAAGCCUGGGUUCAGAUCUCCACUCAGUCCUUGUGUUUAGCAGGAUAGCUUUGGAUAAACAAUUAACACAGUUUGGAAAUGUAUUAUUAUUUUUUAACCACAACUUCAGCAUCCCCAGCAAGCAUGGCCACUUUAUUUAUAACCCAUAAAAUAGUUUUUCUGGUGAUUAGCUGAAAUUAUCUCAGAGGACUGCUGUAUCUGCCAUUCUGAGCAUUUUCAGGCAAAGGGUGAGAUAUAAAUAUGAUAUAAUGUGAAUAUGAAUCAUGCGGACUAGAAGCAUCCUUUAAAGAAAAGAAUAAGACUCUGUAGUGGUGCUUUGUUAACUUAUCCUAUUUUACAACAAGUCAGAGAUAAAAACGGGGACACCCUUUUGCAUUUGUAACACUGCUGUUCUCAUACUAUAUGCAUAGCUGAAAACAUUUGUUCAUUUAUUGUCUUUUAAACUAAUUGACCAUU